AUGCAUGGAGUACUGAGAUUCGGACUGAGGACUUUAGAACUCUUCGACCAGAUCUUGAACCCCUCUGCUCUCCGAUCCUACGCCGCCGAGUUCAUAUCUACGUUCCUCUUCGUCUUCAUCGCCGUGUGUUCCGCCAUCUCCGCGGGAAAGAGCACUCCCGAUGCCGGAAGCGACGAGACUGUGCAGCUGGCGGUGGCGUUGGCCCACGCAUUCGGGCUGUUCUUGGCGAUCUACACGGCGGCGAACGUCUCCGGCGGCCACCUGAACCCGGCCGUCACGCUCGGGCUCGUCGUCGGGGGCCACGUUCGGGUCGCCACCGGGGUCUUCUACUGUGUCGCCCAACUUCUCGGGGCCACCGCAGCCUGCUUGCUCUUGACGCUAGUCACCGCCGGAGAGGUAAACCUGCUCGGCACUGCCCGCGCGCCGCCUCUAGAAUGGGGAUGAGAACACUCUCGUCUAUGUCGUGCAGGCCAUGCCGGUUCACGGGCUGGCGCCUAACGUCGGCGUGCUGGGGGGGACGGCGAUGGAAUUGGUGGCGACGUUCGCGCUUGUCUACACCAUGUGCGCCGCGAGGGACUCCAGAAUGGGAGCUCUGCGAGCGUCAGGGCCCGCCGUCGUGGGCUUCUCCGCCGGCGCGGGGAUACUGGCCAUCAGCCCGCUGACCGGCGGCUCGAUGAACCCGGCGCGUUCUUUCGGUCCCGCGUUGAUCUCUGGGGACUUCAAGAACCACGUUGUAUACUGGGUCGGGCCCCUUCUCGGCGGAGUGCUGGCAGUACUUGCGUACGAUAACCUCGCUGUUGCACCGGCGGCUGCCGCCACCGCCGCCGCUCCGACUGUCGUCUCCGACGCGGUUUGA